AUGUCUCUAAAUCUUCAGUUAUGGACACCACAGUUAAAAAAAACAAAGCCAGAAUCCAAGGGAGUUGCGUGCAAUUUGUUUGAUGCCAGAGCAGAACAUCUGAAAGAACUUAAUUUCAAUUCAUUAAGUCAGUGUCAAAUUGAACUGGCAAAGGUUAAUCCCAUGAUCCCUUUUGUGAAUUCCAUCCGCAAGGAAAAAGAUAUUCUUGCAACUGAUUAUAAGGAAACAAAGUAUGGUAGAUACCCCUCUUUUUCACCACUUUCACAACAAUUACCAAUUUAUGGAGCAAAUUUUCAAGUGUAUUGCUCGGUUGACCCAACGAUAGGUCAAGGAACCGUUACUGAUUUAAUUGAAGAAUAUCCUUCCUUUCCUCACGAGGAAGUCCCAGUUUCCUAUGAAAUUGGUCAGCAUCAACUAAAAGAUGAGGAACUCCUUGUCUUUGAUGAUUUGGAUUUAUCAGCUGCAGACUCCUGGGCUUUAGAGAGAGACACUAGAGACCAGGCGAAUUCUCCCAUUUGGAUGGAGCAGCGAAAAAACAGGGUGACUGCUUCCAAGUUUUAUGAAGUUUACAGUUGGAAGAGGGGGAAAGAACGGCAUGCAGAAAACUUUGUUUCUGGGGGCUCAAAUCCAUCAUCAUUUGUGCAAAGAAAAUUGGAUCAUGGUAAAAUGUACGAACCAGUUGCUUGGAGAAAAUACCUUGAGUAUUUUGCUUCACUUGGACAGGAUGUGAAAGUUUUGCCCUGUGGAUUAGUACUAAAUGCUAAUAAUAGAUGGUUAGGCUGCUCACCUGAUGCGAAAUUACUGUUUCCCAAUAAAGUUGGUAUUGGAGAAUCCAAAUGCCCGUAUGAUCAAAGAGACAGUGACCUCAUGGAUGUCGCACAGGCGAACAAAAAUUUUUACCUUGCGGCUGCUGGAAAUAGUUUGCAUUUAAAACAAGAUCACCCCUACUAUUUUCAAGUUCAAUGUCAGCCAGCAUUAACCAGAGCUAUGUUCAAUGACUUUGUUGUUUAUACACAUAAAAGUCUUUUUAUUGAACGUUUCACUCUUAAUGAACAAUUCUGUAAAGAUGCCGUAACAAAGGUUGGCAACAAUUAUUUUUCCUUCAUCCUUCCAAAGAUAGUUGUAAGUUGGUAA